AUGGUCCACUUCGGCAGACACUGCGCCACACAGCGAGGCAUGGCUGAUCCCGCAGCGACGCCCAUGGCGCCCUCGUCGGCGAUGGCGCCCGCGCCCGGCGUUAACCCCAGCCCCGACGAGUCCGCGCGCGAGGAGCUCGCGCCCGCACCGGCCGCGCCCCCUCCCAUCCCCGAGACGCCCCCGCUCGAGCCCACCGCCGUCCAUCAGCCCCCGCCGCUCGCCCCCCAGGCAGCCCCACCCAGUGGACCCGAGUACGGCCUGGACGGCGAUCUCAACGCGGCGGGUCUCGGUGGCGACGAAAAGCCCCCCGCCCCCGCGUCCGACGCCGCGGCGAAGGUGCCCGGCCCCGCGGGGACCCAAGGCAGGGCGAAAGGCCUGUGGCGGAAGCUCAAGACGACGGUGAACAACAUGAGCUUCAUCAACCAGGUGGGUCGCAUGGCGGAGACCGCUCGGCCGUCCGCGCUCAAGGAGCUCGCCCUCAAGCCCGAGCACGGCUACGCCGUCGCGAUGCUCCCCACCGUCGACGAGGCGAGCGCCGGGUUGAAAGACCUCGGGGUGAGCGUAGAUUCCGGUUCCUUCGGCGGCGCCGCGGACGUCGAGGACGUGCUCUCCCCCGCGGUGGCGCUCACGUUCACCAAGGCGCUGGACGUCCCGGACGCCGGGAUGGACCGGCAGAUAUCGCACGUGCUCCUCCGCGCGUGUUUGUACGACAAGGGUACGCUCGUGGGCAACGUCGCGACGGUCAAGGGUUCGCCAGCCACCGACGCCAACGGGGUGCCCACGUGGCGGUUCGGGGACGACGACGACAAGGACAAGAACGACUUUCACCUCUUAGUUCGCACCUCCAGGAAGAAGCCGAGGCAGGCCACCGCCAACCUAGGUGGCGCGGGCGGUUCGUUCGACGUCCAGAUCCACGUCGAGCUCAACGUGGUGCCGGUGGCGACGGCGGAGGAUGACGCGGCGUGCUUCGAGACGGAUGAGAAAACCGGGCGACGGAGGCGGCUAAACCAGGUUGACGAGGUUUGCGUGGCGUGGGGACGGUGCCCGUGGCCGGAUCAGUUCGUCGGUGGGUCCACCAGCGUGGACGUGCAGCUGUCGGGGGCGAGCAUGGACGAGCCGGUGGCGCUGGAGCCUUCCAAGCUGGCGGCGAAGCGCGCGAGCUCCGUGUUUAGAAAGUUCACGGACAAGGGUAAACUCCUCGCCAAGGGUCCCACGCUGUCGGUGAAGAUCGCGGCGGCCAACUACAAGUACGCCGAUCUGGUGAACAAGCUCCCGAGGGACGUGUUGUGCCCCGCCGCGAUGGUGCCGGUGCUCGCGACGUUUCGGGAGAUGGCCGCGGUGGAAGCCGCCGCGUUGGGCCGCAGGGGCGUGUACCGAAACACGUGCAACCCCACUCUCCGUCUGCUACCGACGCUGGUGGCGGACGCGACUAUAUGUCACGAGCUGGUCAGGGCGUGGCGACGAACCACCGCGCGUUGGCCCCCCGCGCACCUCAAGGACCCGAGGAGACGGGGGGAGACGCUCGACGGCUUGGUGCUCAAGUUUUGGCCCCUGCUGCACUCGCACGCGGUGCCGGACCAACCCGUCGCGGGCAACGUCGCGGCGACGUCGCACAGGGAAGGGAUCGUCAGGGCGUUCGCGGAGGAUCACCCGGUGGUGGCGAUGUCCAGGAACCCGGACGAGUGGAUGCACAAGCCGUUCGACGUGGCGGAGCUGGCGCACAACUUCGGAGACCCACUCGAGGUGUACGUCGGGUGA